AUGGCCGAACGUAUCUUGAUGAACGAAUACAAGACCCUCGCCAAGGAGCCUUGGGUCAAUAUCGAACUUGAUAACGAGGACAUUUUCAGGUGGACUAUCGGAUUAAUCGUCCUCAACCCCGACUCCUUGUACUACGGCGGUUAUUUCAAGGCGUCCAUGAAAUUUCCCAAAAACUACCCUUUUUCGCCCCCAGAGUUCGCUUUUCGACGCCCGCUGUACCACCCCAAUAUCUAUCCCGACGGGAAACUCUGCAUCUCGAUUCUCCACGCACCAGGCGAAGAUGAAAUGUCGGGCGAGCUGGCCUCGGAACGAUGGUCGCCUGCUCAACGCGUCGAAUCUGUCUUGAUCUCCAUCCUCUCGUUACUAGACGACGCGGAAGUGUCGUCCCCCGCCAACGUCGACGCUGGCGUGACGCUGCGGAAGGAACCCGAGGAAUACAAGUCGCGCGUCCGGAAGGACGUUGAGAUUUCGAAGCAAGACAUCCCCGAAGGCUUCGUCAUGCCGACCCACCAACCAGCAACAGUGAAGCCCGUGGAGAAGGACGAUUCGGAUUUCUGGGCGGAAAGCGAUGCAGACGAUGACGUGUUCGGAGGAAGCGACUCGGACGAAGACAUGGACUUUGACGACCAAGAUACUGGCAGUGAUGAAGAAGAGGAGGAGGAGGAGAAGGAGCGGUCGUGA